GGUUACAGCAACUUGACUAACGACCUUCUGAGGACGGCAGCUGGUAGCCAACCGUGCAUACAAGUCUUCAACGAGGCUAAGAGCCGUCCGUGUACACUGUGAGAUGCCAGGUGCUGGUCCAUGGGUGUGAGCCGACUCGAUGUAUUUUACAGAAGGCUGCUCCUCACCAAACUCUUCAUUGGGGGAUGGGGAAAGCCUGAAGACCUCAAGAGAAUCUUUGAGUUCCGUAAGCUCAUUGGAGACAGAGAGAGGUGCGAGUCUCUGGUGCCUGAGGACUAUCCAGUUUACACAAACAAGACAGAGGAGCACUCUGACUGUCUGAUCCACGAUGGGUUCUUCAUCUCUCCUCUGGAGCACUUGGUUCCUGGAAUCCUGCCACAAGAGGCCGUCAAAGCCAGAUUCCAGUUCAUAGUCCCUAAGAGGUGGCAGAAGAACAGACCAGUAUGUAUCCACUUGGCUGGGACUGGAGACCAUUUUUUCUGGCGUCGGCGGACCCUGAUGGCCAGGCCCAUGAUCAAAGAGGCAGGAAUGGCUUCACUUCUUCUUGAGAACCCGUAUUAUGGCUAUCGUAAACCCAAAGACCAACUGCGCUCCAGUCUGAAGAAUGUGUCAGACCUGUUUGUCAUGGGAGGGGCUUUGAUCCUGGAGUCAACGGUGCUGCUCCGCUGGCUGCAUGGACAAGGAUACUGGCCCCUGGGAAUGACUGGCAUCUCCAUGGGAGGAUAUAUGGCGUCCCUGGCAGUGACAAACUGGCCGAAGCCUAUCCCUCUGGUUCCCUGUUUGUCCUGGUCCACUGCCUCCAGUGUCUUCACCACGGGUGUGCUGAGUAAAGCAGUGAACUGGUCAGAGCUGGAGAAGCAAUAUGCCAUUAAUUCAGUGUAUGAAGAGGAGAUCAUUAACCUGUUGGAAUACUGUGGGGCUGAUUCCUUUAAAAUGGGUCAAGACCUUGGGAGGAAUAUGGACCCUAUAGAGCAUCUGCUGGGUGUGUCUGGAGGGGACAGAGCGUCGGUGGACCGGUUUUCCAAAGCUGGAGGGGAAGCUGAGGCGGGACAUGGCCUGUUGUUUGGUGGAGGCCCUGGAGGGGGCGGGGCUGGAGACAGAUUAGACCAUUUAUUAUCAUCAGUGAACAGCAGGGGGGCAAGUUUGGACUCUCUACCAAGAGGCCUUCAUGCCAACGACACACUGCACAGGAAGAAGACGGAUUCAGCCAAAUGCUCUCGGCCAUCACUGCAUAGAGAGUCUAUAAGCUUCAUGAAGGGAGUGAUGGAUGAAUGUACACACAUGGCCAACUUCUCUGUCCCUGUAGACACCAGUCUCAUCAUCGUGGUUCAGGCCAAAGAGGACGCCUACAUCCCUCGUACAGGGGUCCUCAGUCUGCAGGAGAUCUGGCCUGGAUGUGAAGUCCGAUAUCUGAACGGAGGACACAUCAGUGCAUACCUGUUUAAACAGAACGUCUUCAGACAGGCCAUAUACGAUGCAUUCAACAGAUUCUGCCUCAAGUAUCCCAACCUGCACUAACCAUGUCAGCCUGAAGCCCUGGGAACAGCCUGUCCACAGACCAGAGGCCUCAGCAUCAAGUAUGGCAGUGAAGAUGUCUCCUGCUGAAACAUGACGUGUCUGAGCUGUACAGGCUCUUCUCAGAUAAAGGUCAGCUGACACAGUCACUGUCUGGUUCUUUACAUCAGCCUCUGCAGAGGGAGGGCUGUAUGCCAUGGUGCCCCCAAACAAACAAACAAACAUGUUCUGAAGGUUCCUGCCAGCACACUCAGGCCUCUACAUUCACUUUGGUAAGCUGAUGGUUUUCACUGGUUCACUGGUCCACACCAGCAGGCUGGACAUGUCCAUCCCGAUGAGUCAUGAAUAUUCCACCUGACAGGACACAGACUGUCCCUUUGAUAUCACACUGAGCAGUUUCUACACACCAGAGAUUAUUAUGGUAUAUGAUAAACGUCAGUACAAUACUGAUGACAAGGAAAUAUCAGCCUUUAGCACCUUAACUUGCAAAACAUUCACAGUGGGAAAUUUUGUUUUGCUGACCAUAGUUCGGAGCCACCUGUUUUUCCAUGUGUUCUGAAAAGACUCUUGGGUCUUAACUGCAGAUUUAUGUGAAAUGUUCACUCUAAGUCACAUAUUUUCAUAUUUUGCAGAAAUGAAUGGAAGCCAGUGGCUGUGUGGGACAGUGGGAUCAUGGUUGGGUCAGCUGUGAUGUAAAUUGUCAGUGAUUUGUAGUGAACUGGAUGUUAACAUGUGAAACCAGUGGGACGGUCCUGUAAACACCUGCUGAAGCUGCUUCCUGCAGCCUUUGUCAUCUAUCUGACAGUGGGAACUAUUUUCCUCUUUCACAGCUGACACAUGGACUUGUCACACCAGGAAGCUCAGGUGGAACAAAUAACAGUAACAAUGGCUCCGUUCCAUUAAGCCAUGGCGGUGAACAGAGCUGGAACUGGCUGAUCUCAAUGGAAGGCAGCUGUUAUUUAUGUUAUUGAUUCCACCUGUGCUUCUCCUGCUGUGACAACGCUCUGUAAAGCCUCAUACAGGACAAAAAUCACGGGGGGGGGGGGGUGAAGGUGAAAUCUUCAUCCUGAGUAAUUUAACUCGUCAACGUGAACGACAUGUUAAAGUGAUGGUUCCGGUUAUUUGACAUAGGGUUGUAUGUUACCUGCAUUAGAUUCAGAUCAGCUGGUUAGAGAAGCAGCAGGAGCACCAGCACAAAAGCUGAGUGAUGAGGAUGAGGUCAGCAGAAAAAACCUGUUUUAGAUCAUCUAAAAAAGGCCCACAGAAAAAAGUUAAUGUCAGUUGAAAUGUUUUAUUUUGAAUAUUUUCACCAGUCUGCCGUGGAACAGACCUUUACUUUGGAACUACAGUUUGUGAACUGUUGAACUGCCAUAUUCCUACACACAAGUGCACCUAGGCAGUGCAAUGUAUUACUCCGCAGCUGAGCUGUUUGAGUCAGAGCCAGACGUAGGCUCACUUGUGCAUAGGAAUACAGCAUUUCAGCAGCUGAAAAAUGUAGUUCCAAAGUAAUGGUCUGUUUGACGGCAGAUACAGUGUGAAAAUAUUCAAAAUAAAGCAACACUUCAACUGAUAUCAGCUUUUCUGUUGAUAUUUUUUAAGUGGCUAAAAUAAAUGUUUCUCUGCUGAGCCUGUCCACAGCAGCUCAUCACUCUGCUUCUGUGCUGGAGCUCCUGCUGCUUCUCUAAACUGAAUCUACUGCAGGUAACACACUGACUAUAGAUCAGUACCUCCCACAACCUCACAUCAAAUAACCUGAACUUUAACCUUGGUGAGGUGAAGGGGUCAGGGGCUUCAUUUAUAAAACCGUGUAGGAUCCAGACUAAAAGUGAACGUGUGCACAAAGUCUUCAGAUUUAUAAACCUGUGCGCUCACACACCUCCACACAAUUUCCCUUUUAAUUAUAAUCAAGUUGAAAAUGUGCAGCCUCAUGCUCUGCCCACAACACUCCAACAAUUAACCAUAGAUGAUCAAAUCCCUGAUGAAUAUGGAUCUACAUGUUGUUGCUGUGGAGAUGGAGGCAGUGAUACAGACAGUAGCACAGAGCUCAGACAUGGAGGUGGAUGCUCACCUCUGGGUGCAGGGGGGGUCCACAAAGGGGUCUCAGACCUCUGCACCCCACUGUAGUUAACACACUCUAGAGUGUCUGUGCAGCUGACAGCACUGUCUGUACCACUGCAGCAACUUCACACACAAACACUGAAAUCACACUCUUUGAUAUAUUAACAGUAUUAGAAGAUAUUGAAACCUACUGACGCUCUGUUUUGCUGAUCUUUAAUGCUGUUUGAUGAUCAUUUAAUCAGUUACAGCCUCGUUAGUGUGGUUCAGGUGAAAAGGACUCUAUAUUCAGGCUUGAUAUCAGAGAGACGGUGCUGAUGACAUUGAUCAGAAUUCGGUUUAAAUAUUUCAUCAUUAAAAGGAAAAGUUCUGGCUCACUAACAAUGUAAUGUUUAUGAUGAAGUUGAUCUUUAAUUAAUGUGUGAUAUGAAGUGAAAUUAUAAACAAAAGUCCUGAGUCAUAUCUGAAGACACAGACGUGAAACACAUGUUGAUCGGAUUCAAUGUGAUUUCACUUCCUGAGGAUGUCAUCUCUGAUGUCCCUUCACAAUAAACCUCCAGAAGAACAAAGAGAAUCCUGCUGUUUUUAAGUUCUCUUCAGUAUCACAGUGAUCCAGUGAUAGCUGUCUGAACAUCAUGAUGCGCUGCAGACAGGAGCUGAUCACAGCUGAUAUAGUCUGAAUGAAUGUGAACAAAUAUAACAGAAAAACAGAACAACAGCACCGACCUGUAGCUGACAUUACAACAGACCAUCUGAUGAGCUUUUACAGAGUCUUUCUCUCCUGAAGGCUUCUUUUUUUCUGUUGUCAUGUUGGUUCCUAAACAGGCCUGUGUGUUGGUGUCAGCAUGUCUCCAUCUGUCAGAUUAUCAAAAACAUUCUCCAAGUUCACACAGAAGAAAAGUUUUACACUGGGCCGACUGAAAAAUAAAGUAUUAGCAACUACAAGAAGCUCAGAGAUCUGAUUUAAGAUCCAAGGAUGAGGCUCUGGAUUAAAAUACAGGAGGAGCUGGGUCACAGGUGGGGGGUGGGGGGGUUGGGGGGUGACCCAGGUAUGAUCAUUGACCAGUGCAGGGCAUGCAGAAACCACCCCUCCUCCCUACAGACAGAAAGCCAGUUUGUCCUGCUGAGCAGGUGUUGUUUGCACCUGUCUGUCUGUCAGCCAGCAGGACGACACACAAGUCCUGAUCAGAUUUACACCAGACUUGGUGGAGGGGUGGGUCAUGGACCAGGGAAGAACCCAUUACAUUUGGGGAAGAUCCAGAUCAUUUACUCUGAAUUAGAAUUUUUCUCUGGAGUCUGGUGUGUGUUGUUUGAUGCUGGUCUUGACAGAGGUCUGCACUCUCUGACUGCUCCUCUAGUUUUGUUUGAGUUUUGUUUUUGUUGAAAAAGUGCCGUCGUGUUUUUUCUUUGACCCUUACUAAUCCUUCAGUUAACCGUGCCAUGUUGUCGUUCCAUUUCCACGAUGAUGUUUGUGCCACUGAGCAGCUGACCUUCUUAGUCCUGACCAGGCUGUUCAUCAUCCACCACACUACCUGCAAAUACAUGGUCGAAGUUUCAGUAGCUUGAUUUUUUUAUACCUAUACAUUUCUACAAAUUUUGUACAUAAGAAUCUAAUGACUUUAUUCCUGCUGAUUGAAAAAGCUGUUGUUAUUAGGACUUAAAAGUUUGUUUUUUUAAAUUAAGGUGCUCAGGUUUCUGUGGGUUUUAAAACCAGAGCACUCUAGUAUAUGGAAGCUCACAUCUGUAAAACAAGUAAAAAUCUCUAUUUUUCUUAUUGUCAACAAAUCCCAUGUGCAGCGUUAACCACAGUGUGUGUGUGUGUGUGUGUGUGUGUGUGUGUGUGUGUGUGUGUGUGUGUGUGUGUGUGUGUGUGUGUGUGUGUGUGUGUGUGUGUGUGUGUCAAAGCCUGAUGUAUCAGAUUCCUCUGAUUUUAACUGUGGUCAUUAGUUUAUAUUUGGUCAUAAUACAAAGUUUUAGACAAAAUAAAAUGUUGAUCUAUUAAAACACAUCAGUGAAAUGUUCCUUCAUCACCAUGAACAUGCACUGUAGUUAAUUUAAACUCACACACGCCGUCCACUGCCCCAGAUACUCAGUACAGCACCAAAUGUGAAGUAGCCCCCAAAAGAUGCACUCUUGCCUCCUGUUUGUGUCAAAACUAGUGAUCAGCUGUUUGAAGAAAUGAGUGUUUUCUUUAAAGUCAAACUGUAUUUGUGGUGUUUUUAAAGCUUCAAGUCGUCAGCAGGAACCAAUGAGUUCAGAGCAGAGAGCCACAGACAGAGGAGGGAUCACCAAGUACUUCCUCUGCUGGUUUUUCUCUUGUCACAAUAAAUAUACAAUACAAUCAGUUACUCUGUAAGGAAAGAAACUGCAGUGUUUCCCACUCAAUCAGAAUGAAUUGUGAGAGUAGCUCUUCUGUAUCACAGGAGGUAUUCAGAGCCCAGGUAAGCCUCAGGUAGAGCGGCACCAUGUAGUUUUUGAUUGCAUGAAAAUGUCAGUUUUCAUCUUAUCUGACGGCUCAUAGAACAUUUAUAGUUUAUUAAUUCUUCACACCAGCGACAGUCAGAGCCAGUCUUCAUCCGUCUGUCCGUCCCAUUCUAAUGGACACAAUAUCGCAGUAACACCUUGACGGAACUUCUUCAGACUUGGCACAAACAUUCACUAGGACUCGAGGAUGAACUGAUUAGAUUUUGGUGGCUAAAGGUCAGAGGUCAAGGGUAAGAUGACCUCACAAAACAUGAUUUUGACCUUUUAAAAAGCAGUAUCUUGAGAACUCCUGAAGGGAAUGUCACAAAAUCACAGGAUUACCUGAACACAGGGAAAGAGAGAGAGAUGCUGAGCUGCUCUACAAUGAAAUAAGAUUUUACCCAUUUGAAAUGUUAAAAAAAAAUAGAAUAUCAAUAUGUGGUGGUUAAUGUUGAUAAAUGAAUGUGUGGGAAACACUGCAGUGUGUGUUCGCAUACAGAAACAGCUGUUUCAGAGGGCACUCUUGAUCUUAUCUGAGACCUGCAGGUUGUACACCCUGAUGAACCAAGUCACGUAGACAGUGGAAAGUCUCUGCUGAUCACCUGACUCCGACUAUGGCUCCAGUCUUAGUCUGAUCCUCUGAACUCCCACUGAACACAUUCUCCUGCUGACGACAAUCUGACUGUUUUCAAAUUUGCAUUAAAAUAAUUAACAGAUUAAA